CGGGCCGACUAGGAGGUGGGGGCGAGGUGAGCAGGCAGAAGUUCCCGAAGGUUUCUCCACCCGGUGGCCUCCUGUCGCGCAGCGGAGCGUGUCCUGAGCGGCGUCGGAGGCGGACGCCAUGGCCACAACCUUCCGGGCGAGCGGUAACCGCAGGGCGGCCGGGACUCGCUAGGACGCGAAGCUGAGCCCUCCCCUUCCUUAGGAAGUUGUCGUCCCUGCUCGCAGGUCGGCGCGCCCACCCGUCCAGAGCAUCAGCAUAUCCGCUACAACCCGCUACAAGAUGAGUGGGUGCUGGUGUCAGCGCACCGCAUGAAGCGGCCCUGGCAGGGGCAGGUAGAACCCCCGCUUCUGACGACAGUACCCCGCCAUGACCCCCACAACCCUCUGUGUCCGGGGGCCACACGGGCCAAUGGAGAGGUGAAUCCCCACUAUGAAGGCACCUUCCUGUUUGACAAUGACUUCCCAGCUCUGCAGCAUGAUGCCCCUAGUCCAGGACCCAGUGAUCACCCCCUUUUCCAAGCAGAGGCUGCCCGAGGAGUUUGUAAGGUUAUGUGCUUCCACCCCUGGUCGGAUGUGACACUGCCACUCAUGUCAGUCCCCGAGAUCCGAGCUGUCAUUGAUGCAUGGGCCUCAGUCACAGAGGAGCUGGGUGCCCAGUACCCUUGGGUGCAGAUCUUUGAAAACAAAGGAGCCAUGAUGGGCUGUUCCAACCCCCAUCCCCACUGCCAGGUGUGGGCCAGCAGUUUCCUGCCAGAUGUUGCCCAGCGUGAGGAGCGAUCUCAGCGGGCCUAUCAGAGUCAGCAUGGAGAGCCCCUGCUAAUGGAGUACGGCCGCCAAGAGUUGCUCAGGAAGGACCGUCUGGUCCUAGCCAGUGAGCACUGGUUAGUGCUGGUCCCCUUCUGGGCAGUGUGGCCCUUCCAGACACUACUGCUGCCCCGUCGGCAUGUGCGGCGGCUGCCUGAGCUGACCCCGGCUGAGCGUGACGAUCUAGCCUCCAUCAUGAAGAAGCUCUUGACCAAGUAUGACAACCUAUUUGAGACAUCCUUUCCCUACUCCAUGGGCUGGCAUGGGGCUCCCAUGGGAUCAGAGGCUGGAGCCAAUUGGGACCACUGGCAGCUACAUGCUCAUUAUUAUCCUCCACUCCUGCGCUCUGCCACAGUCCGGAAAUUCAUGGUUGGCUAUGAAAUGCUUGCCCAGGCCCAGAGGGACCUCACCCCUGAGCAGGCUGCAGAGAGACUAAGGGCACUUCCUGAGGUUCAUUACCGCCUGGGGCAGAAGGACGGAGACAGCAGCCAUCGCCUGACCACACUGACCACAGGGCCUUCUGCCUGAGGGAACUAGGGCCUAGGGUUUGGGCAGAUGUGGGAUCAAUAAAACUGUGCUUCUCAAACUUUAAUCACAUAUUCUAACGCCA